CGAUCGCCAUACUGGGCGAACGUGACCGAAGACACAGCGAAAAUGAAUGCUAGAGUGUGUGUCACAUCGAGGCAGUCUCGCUGGCAAUAGGGAGGUUUUAUUUUGACAGUGCGAUAGGCGUGCGGCUAGCACGAUGUCCAGCACCGCAGCGCGUCCCUGAGCGAAGCCGUGCAGCGCCGAUACGCGCCCGUCCACCGCGUAAGAUCAGAAAUAUCGCCGCUCCGGGUCUCAGCCAGACGGGAGGACGGGGGACGACGAGAGCGGUCCGCGCUGUGUGUGUACUUGCAUGUGUCACUGCGAGUGAGUGCAGUUUGGACCGUCGCGUAUCUACACGUUCCUUCGCUCGGCCGAGACGCAGUGUUCGUCGUCCGUGACGUUCCUCGUUGCUACCUUUGCCGUCGUUAUUGCCGCCACCGCUGCCGUGUGGCCGACGCCAACGUCGCUGCUACUGCUACCCGCUGCUACUGUUGUCUCAUCUUACGUCGCGCGCGCGUGCACGCUCGCUCUUCCCCCCGAGUAUCAGUACGUUGCCGGUCGUAGUCGCGUCAAGAACCCGAUGCGAGAGUGAGAGACACUACGUCGUCGCCACCGAUGAGUUUGGCCUGCUGUUCGCCGCUGCCGCUUUAACUAAUCGCAAGCGUGUGUAAUGCCCGGGAGCCGCUCCAGCACGGACCCAGAGCACAAGUCACCGCGGGAAAGUGGUGAAGAUUCCGAGGAUGAGAGCGAGAUCCUGGAAGAGAGCCCAUGCGGGCGGUGGCUAAAGCGCAGGGAAGAGGUAUAUGUAGGUUCUAAAUCCACGAUAGCUGAAGGUACUAACUUUGGAUCGACAAGAGGAGCUGAAAACGAAGUCACUGAAAUGGAAGUGGAACAAAGCGAUGUUCCGGGAAUCGAUUGUGCUUAUCUGGCAAUGGAUACGGAGGAAGGAGUCGAGGUGGUAUGGAACGAGGUGCAAUUCUCGGAAAGAAAAAAUUUCAAAGCCCAGGAGGAAAAGAUACAGCUUGUUUUUGAAAACCUCACGCAACUGGAGCAUCCUAACAUUGUUAAAUUUCAUAGGUAUUGGACAGAUACCCACAAUGACAAGCCCCGAGUUAUAUUUAUAACAGAAUAUAUGUCGUCCGGGUCCCUGAAACAGUUCCUAAAACGAACAAAGCGCAAUGUAAAAAAGUUGCCUCUACAAGCAUGGAAACGGUGGUGUACGCAAAUACUUUCUGCACUCAGUUAUCUGCAUUCCUGUUCACCUCCCAUUAUCCACGGGAAUCUUACCUGUGACACUAUAUUUAUUCAACAUAACGGACUUGUAAAAAUUGGUUCAGUGGCCCCGGAUGCGAUUCAUCAUCACGUCAAGACCUGUAGGGCGAACAUGAAGAACAUGCAUUUUGUCGCCCCAGAAUAUGGAAAUUCCGUCACACCAGCCAUUGAUAUUUACUCGUUCGGGAUGUGCGCUCUGGAAAUGGCUGCGCUGGAAAUUCAGGGAAACGGUGAUACGGGUACAAUCGUUACCGAAGAGAACAUCCGGAAGACAAUAGAAUCUUUAGAUGAUGUUCAACAGAAAGACUUUAUUCGUAAAUGUCUUCAGGUGGACCCGCUUAGUAGACCGAGUGCGAGAGAGUUGCUGUUCCACCCUGUUCUGUUCGAAGUACACUCUCUUAAGCUGCUCGCAGCGCACGCCUUGGUCAAUUCAGCCACCAACAUUUCGGAAACAAUCACAGACGAAGUGUUGCAAAGGCUAUAUGGACCAGACACCGUAGUUGCCGAAAUAAAAUAUCAAGGGAUGCCCCCGCAACAAAUUCGGUUAAGUGAUAUCCCCGUUACGGAAAAAUUAGAAAAAUUUGUUGAGGAUGUAAAAUAUGGAAUAUAUCCAUUGACUGCAUUUAUGGCGAAAUUACCGCCGCCUGUUCGACCUCGGGCGAUAUCGCCCGAGGUUACGGAAUCGGUUAAAUCGGUCACACCCGAGCCCGUGGACGUGGAGUCUCGAAGAGUAGUAAAUAUGAUGUGUAAUGUUAAGCCUAGAGAAGAAAGUAGUGAAUUACUUAUGACAAUAUUGUUACGAAUGGAUGACAAGAUGAAUAGACAGUUAACAUGUCCUGUGAGCCAAACGGAUACUUCGAUGCUUCUCGCACAGGAGCUUGUACAUUUUGGUUUUAUUAACGAGAACGAUCGUGAUAAAAUAGCCAAUUUAAUCGAAGAGGCAUUGAGGAGAUACUUCAACAAGCAAAUGGUAACGCCGGGAAUGGUAUCGUUAACCAAUCUUCCUACUCAAACCACCCUACUGCUGCCUGGUCCGGAAUUUCCAUGCUUGCAACACUUCGACAAUUCCGUGUGCAACGCCGCCGCAGCGUCCAAUAGUGAUAGUGCAACUAACCUGCUGCCAAAAACCUCAGGUAUACCCGUGUCAAGUAACAAAACGAGUAAGCUUCACGACGACACAGAACCGCCGACGAUCACCGAGAGCGGCAGUUAACCAUCCAGGACGUCUGAUAACUCAGUUCACUGUGCCACUUUGCACGCUUUAUGUAUAGACUGGCUAUGUAUUUUUAUAUUUAAGUAAACAGAAAGGGUGAAGGAGGCGGGACAGAAAGCGAAAGAGAAUGGAAGUAAAGAUGGGAGGGUGCCGUGGCUACACCUCUAAGCUGACUAUGACUGCAAAAAAAAAAGAAAAAAAAAAGAAAACAAGAAAAGAAGAAAUUAGGAAUCGCUUAGCGUCUUUACUUUCGUUUCAAUUUGUCGGGGGCGAUGACUCUGUUUGUCAGGUUACAUUGGUUCUCUGUAUUCUAGAGUUUUUUUACAUUACAUAGGUAUGCGAAUAAAUUAAAAAAAAAAAUGUACGAAUCUAAUGUAAAAAAGACCAAAUACUUGUGAUUGUACGAUUAAGAGGGCAGUUAGAAGUACGCUGGUUAUCGAUUCGUAUCUACACACGCAGCUGUGUGUGUGCAGUUUGAUAUUUAACUGUUGUAAUCUACUCAUCGGGAUGCAAUCAUAAGAGGGGAAACGAGAGAGAGAGAGAGAGAGAGAGAGAGAGAGAGAGAGAGAGAGAGAGAGAGAGCUUAUAUGCUAUGUUCUCUAUAACGGUCUUCUCGUAGAAACGCGGAGGUUGAGGAAAAAAAUAAAUCACGAAUCCCGGACAUUGUGAAAACAUCGGGAUUGCAUAUCCUGCGUUUGCAAAACGACGAUGAUGACGACGUUCAUCGUUCAUGAGAUUUAUUUCGCGCGUACAAGUCGGCUGCAAUCGACACUCAAUCAUGUGUAGAAAAUUAUCCUUUUGUACAAUCGUCGACAAAAUAAUAUAAAGAAAGUACCGUAUGGGAGCCUGAAUACACUCUCGGGCGGAAUUCGAUCUCUCGCCGCUCUUGUCGUUCUCUCGCCAAAAUACUCAGUGUAUAUCAUAAAGUCUAAAGCGUGAGAGUUGAGUUGAGCGAAGUUGUGAAAGUUCGCCGAGAAAAGAGAGAGAGAGAGAGAGAGGAGGAGAGGGAGGGGGAGGUAAUAAGGUAGCAUGCUCGUUCGUUUACCGUACUGUUUUUUUUUUUUUUUAGUUCCACGUAGACCAGAUCGCGAUAUAAUGCCGGCUCAAAUAGAUCUUCAGUGGUAACUCGGAUGAAGCCACGGCCCUACUAUACUUGGGUAUUAUUGAUGUGAUUAAACCAAGGUUAUUAAAUCUCGAUAAAAUUAGCUGAAAUCCUUGUAAAUACUUUAUAUUUUUAAGAAAAAUCUGUUGACACAGAAAACUAGUCAUAUAGGUAUAUUCGAGUGCUAACAGACUAACACAGAUCUUAUUACGUCUUUUGCAUUUAUAACACGUGCUUGGCCAAGAGAGAUACUGCUCCAAUUUCAUACCUCCGUCGAAUCGAUUUUCAGUGACGCAUUUUCUCAUUAAGUAAACGACUAACCCUACUAGAGGUAAAACUACUACAAACAACAACAUAAACACUUCGAUCUUAAGUAUGUAAGUAGAUUAUCAAAACUGAAUUGAAUGUGUAUAGCUUUAUAAUGCAAAUUAUAAAUGACGAAGAAAAGCGCGCGACGACUGACUCGUGGAUAUUAUGAAAGGGCUGUACGAUGACAGUGAUAAAUAAAUACUUUAACUCGGA